AUGACUACCGCAGUUUUCUGGGCGAUAAUUGUCCCCUAUCUAGUGUAUCGAGCGGCAUGGAUGGUCCUUCGAAGCUACUUCGUUAACACGACGACCGUGCUGAAUGACCUUGAACUACUAAGGAAGACCCCCAGCGCUCAGAAGGUCCCGGGGACCGCUGUGAUUGCUGGAGGCAGCCUAGCGGGAUAUAUCUCGGCGCGAAUUUUGGUAGAUUACUUUGAGAAGAUAGUUAUCAUUGAGCCUGAAGUUGAUAUCACGCUUCAUGGCCGCGCUUCACAACGCGCUCAUUUCCAUGGCUUUCUGUCAACAUCAUUGAUCAUUCUUCGCGGACUAUUCUCAAAUUUUGAUGAGGAGGCUGCUAAGCACGAAGUGUAUCUACUUCCCCCGUUCAGGCACUGGUGGAUGGGAAAUUCAUACCUUGGUGACUUGGAAGCGAAGAGGUUACACCACGUUGCUGGCUCGCGAUUUUCUAUGGAGAACCUUUGCCGCCACCUCUCAAUUGCAUAUUGUGGUGAAAACCUCCAGGUCAUACAAGGAGUUGUCAUUGAUGCGGAAGCUUCAUCCGACGAGAAGACAGUUUGCUCGGUUUCUUUCCGUCGUACUUCGGAUGAUCCACAAACAAUUUCAACUAUACCAUGCGCACUGCUUGCAGAUUGCUCUGGUUCCUCCUCCAUUGGCAUGAAACUAUUGCCUGCAGCUUCCGGGGCAUGGGGCCCCUUCAAGCGUGCGUCAUACAAUCCCAAAGCUAAAUACUACAGUACCACUUUUCGGCUGUCUCCUGAAACUCAAGAAAGCGUAUCAAGAUCGCUUCCUAAACGCCAUCCGGACUUUGGAGAAUGGGAACAUUGUGGUAUCGUGGGAUUAGUUUCCCCCAUGAUCGAGAAGGUUGGACGAGAGUUAUUUGGAUACCAGAGAAUCGAUGGGGAUCGACUACUCCUCCUGUACGGUGGAUGGGAUGUCGAGACGUGCCCUCGGACGAUAGCUCAAUACGUCGAAUUAGCUUGGCAGUCGUAUGCCAAAGCGUUCCCUAAGGAGUGUCAUAGUAGAGACGAAUGGUUUUUCAACACCCUCCAGGUCGCUGGUAAAGGUGAAAAUCUGCUGGACGAACCUCUUAAAUGGGACCACUACAAUCUAAACAGCUGUUCUUGGAACGAUUACGCUCUUAAAUCGAUCCCGAACAACUUUAUUGCGGUCGGCGAUUCCCUAAUGCGUGUGAAUCCGUUCUUUGGACAAGGCGUUACCAAACUUCUCUGCAAUGCCACUAUUCUAAAUUCCACGUUGUAUAAAAUGCUAGGAAAGUCCACCGUGCCUCGGGCUGAGCUGCCAUCGGGCUUCUCCCAUACUUAUUUCAAGCGUGUUCUUCCCAUCGACAAGGGCAUGUUUGAUACGACCCGUAUGUUAGAUUAUGGUUACAAGACGACCGUUCCGUCGGCGGGGGACACGUUGGAGUUUGGUGCUGGAUUCAGGAAAUAUUGGGCAGCUCUUGUGAACUUUGUGGUCCACGAUGCUAAGGCCUUUGUAAUAUUGGACGAUGUGUUAUGCGGAUAUCGACCCGCGAUAGACUUGAUGAGCCCAUCCUUAAUUCUCAAGUCGCUAUUUUGGAUGUGGUGGUCACCUCCAAAGUCUGUCGAAGAAUGA